AUGACCUUAUUCACUACACGUGCUGGUGGAAACACGAUCACCGCACAGGGGCUGCAAGCACCACCAACCCAGGUUGAUUCAGGAAACCAAGCAGUUGAGACAGAGGACUUAGACGAUAGCAUUUUUAGAGACGAGGACCCAGUUGCGGCCCACAAAAAGCGCCGCAGAGCUGCACAAGGACAUAUUCUCAAUUGCCGGCAUCGUCGUAUUGUCACUCUCAUCAAUGAGACUAAGGAGCCAGGGUGGAACACAGUACAGAUGGCUCGCACACUCCAGAAUGACAAGUCAGUGCCAGAGGAUGUGCAUCAGAUGUUCAAGGCCUUUGAGGUUGACAAACUAAGAUCCGAGUCUAGAACUGUAACCAACCUGGAUUUUGUUCAUGCCUUGGAAGAUAAGGUGAAAGCAUUCGUUAAAUUCAACCAAUGUCGUCGCAAAGUGAGCGACCGUGACCCAACCAUGAUGGAAUGGCUGCUGAAAUUGGGGAAGACCCGCCAAGGGUUCAGUUAUCUAUCCAUCUUUUACGAAUUGACUGGUGAGUUGCUAAAUCUUAAUAAAGGGGAGGAUGUCACAAAGAAUAAAGGGGAGGAUGUCACAAAGCAUUACGAGGGGGGCGCAAUCAUAUACGAUAUAAUUGAAAUGUUUGGCCCCAGCAUACUGUAA